AUGGCUGAUAUGCAGAGGGAGGUGAAAAGGCCCAUAUUACUUUGCCGAUCGACUCCCACUUCCCGCCCAUUCAAGUUUUGUCCUCUUCAAGUCGAUCCUCCCAGACUCUGGCCCCCAGCAUCCUCGUUUAUCUGCUUCCUUCGGAUGGGCUCAUUGGAGUCUCCGGCUACCCGCUAUUCAAAUCCGCCGCCAUAUCGCGAUUCGGUGAUGGCGUCGACACGAGACGCCGAGGGUCUCCAAGUGGACUACGAUCGAGAGGCAGCUAGUGCUCCGGAGGCGUACAAUCAACACCAGUACACGGCGGUCGCGGCAAAGGAUGAACCAUACAAUGCUGGGAACCAAGGCGCGACGCCACAGCAAAAGAUUCCCUUUGGCUUGAGCGUACUAGGCUUUGGUUUAAUCGUCGCGCUUGUUACAGCUGUCAUUGUCGGAGGAGCAGUUGGAGGGGGUUUGGGAGGAGCUCUGGCAAACUGCAAAAGCUCGGAUAGUUCAGACAAUUCAGAGGCUCCGACACCGACCGAAACAAGUGAAUGCAGCCAGUCAAACAGCACCGACGACGUCGUUGGCAUCGAUUAUGCUCCCUUACCAGCCGCCCAAGUCGCCAACCUCACAUUGAACUGCCCCAAGAAUGGAGCCAACGGAACAUUGAGGACGACCAACGGAUAUAGAUUCAGCACAUACUGCGGCGUAAAUGCGCCCGAUACCGGAGAUGGAAACAUCAACGACAUUGUCUCCAUUUGGGCCUACUACUUCGAGGACUGCAUAGGCGCAUGUGCGGAAAUGACGAAGAACAACGACACUAUUUGCGACAGCGUGUUCUUCAGGAUAGGCAUGAACGGAUCGACGACACAAUAUGGCAACUGUUGGCUGAAGAGCGGCAAGUUGAAGGGCGGUGAUGGUAGUUGGACUGAUUACGGCGAGGGUCGCGUCUACGCUGAGAUGGAUGAUGAUGAUGAUGACUGAGAAGGGAGGACGUCUCAGAGCGAUGCUUCAAUGCCCUGAGUGUUUGUGCUAUCCCAGGACAGAUCCUUGACGUAGGUAUAUCUGACGAUAGUUGGGGCCUGGAUCGGGCUAAGCCAGGUUGGAGACAAUGCAGGUGGACGUUGAGAGUGGCGGGCUUGGUGUGCGAUGAGGUUUUCCCAAGACACUACGAUAAUGAGGGAUGGCUUAGGAAAUUAAACUUCUAACAUCAGCCUUGUAGAUAUUAAUAUACCCAGAUACAGCU